UGCGCUGGAGCAGGGAUCAGGAAAAGCCCAUUUAUCCAAACGGCCUGAAAACCACAGGGAUUAUGCAGUAUUCAAAACUUGAAAAGGGUCUCAUUAAGUUCACACACUGCCAGAAAGAUAUUUAUUGCUGCUCUGUUCCACAACACUGCCCUAUCUGUGGGCAAAGUGCAGUGAGCUCCUGGAAACUGGAGGAUGCACCUGUCAGUAUUCCUAGUCCUUUUGUGAAUGGGCACGGUGAGCAAUUUAGCUUUGUUCUGAAGCCCACAAAGGGCUUAUUUAUCAGUGAAUAUGACGGUUGCUCAGACCUUCAUGUUGGGAUAACCAGUUCUCAAGGUGUUGUGUUUAAUUAUAAUGAAACAGGUGUGCACAGAGAUGCCACUGGCUGGGAUCAGUGCGUUAGCGUUCUGCUUGUGCCGCCUGAUGUGCAUAAUGUAAGAAGCCAAUGGGACGACUAUCUAGAGAGAUUCUCAGCUGCUGAUAGAUGGUUACCGCAGAGAUACAAAGAAAGUGAUCACAACUGCUACACAUUUGCGCUGACGUUUGUAAACAGCAUGUUGACUCUUCAAGAAAAGAAGACGUUUAGCAAGAAGGAAUUUACCGAACGAUUUGUUUUACCACGGACACGAAGAGCUUCAAAGUACAUCACCAUCUGCAAGGAAAUUUCAGAAAAUGAUUUCUACAUAGUUAAAAACCACAAAAAUGUGGUGAUUACACCUUGAGGAGUUGAUCCCAGCUCUUUAAAAACCAUAUCUAAUGAUUAAAUGAUUGUGAUCAGGUCCCUUGUUUGUUGAUGUAUUUUAUAGACAUUACUGAAUGUAAAAGUCUUCCCAGAUUGUAAUUUUUAAC